AUGCACCCCCUUACUACGUCAGACCUCGCCUUCUUGCUUUGCACGUCUUCAUCUACUUCCCCACCAAGAGCGCCACUGAUAUUGAGGACAACGUAUGGGUUGGUGGUUGUUACUCAGAGCGAUGGAUCGUUGGACAUAUCGAUAUCAGAACAAAAGCCACCGCGUGGAAAGGGGAUGGUAGUCGGGGGGGGUUGCUCUGUUCUUGCCAGCCCUGUCAUACUUCCCGUUCCACGGAUAUCGCCACCGCAAAACGAGCAUUAUCUGCUUUCUCCAGAUUUCACCACGUCGACGUACCUCUGGUCACCAAGCUCGGCGAGCUUAGACGAGUGGACACCGGCGGAUGAGGCACUGCUAGAGUCGUUGUAUUCUGGUGAGGUGGAUGAGGAAGGGGGUUGGUUUGACGGUUAUCUUGAUUGGGUGGGGAGGGCGGAGGAUCAGCUCCAUGGUUUGGGUUCGUCGAGGCUGUGGAGAGGACCGGAAGAGUCAAACGAUAGCUUUGUCAGCGUUGAUUCUCCAACAGAACCAGGAGGGGGGAUUGAUGGGCAGCCUUUCAAAGACGAGGGCGAGAGAACGCUGUGGUUAGUGGAGGGUAUGUUGUUAGCGUCUUGGUUGGCGCUGCAGGAGGGAGUCGAAGGAGUUGGUUAUCGCGUUGGCAGGUACGAGGACGCUGUGGAGGGGGAGCAGGACGAGGGUAUGUAUUUGUUGGAAAGAGGGGGCACUGAGAGUUUGGGCGAGGUCGUUGCGGCUUUCUUGAGGAAUGUGAGAUUUUGA